AUGCACGUUCGGGAGCGAGGAGCCACCGGAGGUUCGGGAAUUAGUUUCGAGGAGCUUGCAGAACGUGACUAUAACGAGGGGGACUUUGAAGAGGAGGACGAGUGGGAGGAGGAAGAGGACGAGGGCGAAUGGGACGUGGGCGAUGCUGAUGUGGAACGAACCCUCGCUGAGUCAGCACAGGAGCUUUCCACGGGCAGUCUGGUGCUGCCGCCCGGGCGGCAAGCCCCGCGGGUGAAAUCAGCAGUAUUUGUGAAGAGCAGCAGCAGCGUGGCACAGUGCCCUAAGGAUACGAAAAUCCCGGAGUUUGCUGUGAUUGGCCGGCAAGACACAGCUGAUAAGCCACUUCCCUAUCAACGACUCCUGGUACCUCGUGGAUUUGCCUCCUCCCCAUCCACUCCCCCUGUUCCCCCCUUCCCACCUGCCCCCCAUCCCCACCAUACCCCCUUCUCCCCUGCAGGCAAGACGCAGCUGAUAAACCACUUCCUUAUCAACGACUCCUGGUAUCUCGUGGAUCUGCCAGGCUAUGGGUACGCCGUGGCACCCAACGCCAUAAGGACGGAGUGGAGCGUGUUCACCAAGGCCUACUUCACCUCGCGCACCAACCUGCUAACCGUGCUGCUGCUGGUGCUAUGUUAUCCCCUCCCUUACACCCCCUCCCCACACUCGUGCAGAUAUGCUGUUGCCCCCAAUGCCAUCCGCACGGAGUGGAACGCUUUUACCAAGGCCUACUUCACCUCGCGCACCAACCUGCUCACCGUGCUGCUGCUGGUGGAUGCUACUAUUCCGCCCCAAGCCAUUGACGUGGAGCGCUGCAUCGUCCUUUCUCCUCCCCCCUGGAUCCCCCUCACGGUUGUCUCCACCAAACCCCCCUCACCGUCCUCUUUACCUAGUCCGAUCGCCAGAAGAAGGCCAGGAGGGACGGUGUUGAUCCUUCCCCUUACUUACCCCCCUCUCCCACGUGUGUGUCCCCAUUGCUCCCCAACGAACUCCCAUCUCCUCCCACCAGAUUCCCCUCACCGUCCUCUUCACCUAGUCCGAUCGCCAGAAGAAGGCGAGGAGGAACGUAAGAAGGGCACAAGGGCAGGAGGGCAGAAGCGCAGACGGAGAGGUGCUCAUCCUUAUCCUCCCACAUGUAGUGAGUCGACUCAAAAAUCGACCCACAUGUGCCUCGUCCUUCUCGACCCACAUGUGCCUCGUCCUUCUCGACCCACAUGUGCCUCGUCCUUCUCGACCCACAUGUGCCUCGUCCUUCUCGACCCACAUGUGCCUCGUCCUUCUCGACCCACAUGUGCCUCGUCCUUCUCGACCCACAUGUGCCUCGUCCUUCUCGACCCACAUGUGCCUCGUCCUUCUCGACCCACAUGUGCCUCGUCCUUCUCGACCCACAUGUGCCUCGUCCUUCUCGACCCACAUGUGCCUCGUCCUUCUCGACCCACAUGUGCCUCGUCCUUCUCGACCCACAUGUGCCUCGUCCUUCUCGACCCACAUGUGCCUCGUCCUUCUCGACCCACAUGUGCCUCGUCCUUCUCGACCCACAUGUGCCUCGUCCUUCUCGACCCACAUGUGCCUCGUCCUUCUCGACCCACAUGUGCCUCGUCCUUCUCGACCCACAUGUGCCUCGUCCUUCUCGACCCACAUGUGCCUCGUCCUUCUCGACCCACAUGUGCCUCGUCCUUCUCGACCCACAUGUGCCUCGUCCUUCUCGACCCACAUGUGCCUCGUCCUUCUCGACCCACAUGUGCCUCGUCCUUCUCGACCCACAUGUGCCUCGUCCUUCUCGACCCACAUGUGCCUCGUCCUUCUCGACCCACAUGUGCCUCGUCCUUCUCGACCCACAUGUGCCUCGUCCUUCUCGACCCACAUGUGCCUCGUCCUUCUCGACCCACAUGUGCCUCGUCCUUCUCGACCCACAUGUGCCUCGUCCUUCUCUACCCACAUGUGCCUCGUCCUUCUCGACCCACAUGUGCCUCGUCCUUCUCGACCCACAUGUGCCUCGUCCUUCUCGACCCACAUGUGCCUCGUCCUUCUCGACCCACAUGUGCCUCGUCCUUCUCGACCCACAUGUGCCUCGUCCUUCUCGACCCACAUGUGCCUCGUCCUUCUCGACCCACAUGUGCCUCGUCCUUCUCGACCCACAUGUGCCUCGUCCUUCUCGACCCACAUGUGCCUCGUCCUUCUCGACCCACAUGUGCCUCGUCCUUCUCGACCCACAUGUGCCUCGUCCUUCUCGACCCACAUGUGCCUCGUCCUUCUCGACCCACAUGUGCCUCGUCCUUCUCGACCCACAUGUGCCUCGUCCUUCUCGACCCACAUGUGCCUCGUCCUUCUCGACCCACAUGUGCCUCGUCCUUCUCGACCCACAUGUGCCUCGUCCUUCUCGACCCACAUGUGCCUCGUCCUUCUCGACCCACAUGUGCCUCGUCCUUCUCGACCCACAUGUGCCUCGUCCUUCUCGACCCACAUGUGCCUCGUCCUUCUCGACCCACAUGUGCCUCGUCCUUCUCGACCCACAUGUGCCUCGUCCUUCUCGACCCACAUGUGCCUCGUCCUUCUCGACCCACAUGUGCCUCGUCCUUCUCGACCCACAUGUGCCUCGUCCUUCUCGACCCACAUGUGCCUCGUCCUUCUCGACCCACAUGUGCCUCGUCCUUCUCGACCCACAUGUGCCUCGUCCUUCUCGACCCACAUGUGCCUCGUCCUUCUCGACCCACAUGUGCCUCGUCCUUCUCGACCCACAUGUGCCUCGUCCUUCUCGACCCACAUGUGCCUCGUCCUUCUCGACCCACAUGUGCCUCGUCCUUCUCGACCCACAUGUGCCUCGUCCUUCUCGACCCACAUGUGCCUCGUCCUUCUCGACCCACAUGUGCCUCGUCCUUCUCGACCCACAUGUGCCUCGUCCUUCUCGACCCACAUGUGCCUCGUCCUUCUCUCCCCUCACCUUCCCCCCAGAUCCCCCUCACGGUCGUUUUCACCAAAUCCCCCUCACGGUCGUUUUCACCAAGUGCGAUCGUCAGAAGAAGGCCAGGAGGAACGGUGUUGAUCCUUCCCUGUGCUUACCCCCCCAACACCCCCCCACCCCACCCUCCCAUCUACCCCCACCAGAUCCCCCUCACGGUCGUGUUCACCAAGUGCGACCGUCAGAAGAAGGCUAGGAGGAACGUCAGAAGGGCACGGCGCACGCGACCAGAAAGAGAGGUGCUUACACUAAUUUCCUUGUCUGUCCUCCCCCUCCUCCCCUUCCUUCCCCCCCAGAUCCCCCUCACUGUCGUGUUCACCAAGUGCGACCGCCAGAAGAAGGCCAGGAGGCAAGACUGCCACUCUCCCAUUCACCAGGUGUCAAUACUCCCCCUCCCGCAUGCACCUGCCUUUCCCUCCCUUCCCCGGCAGAUCCCCCUCACGGUCGUGUUCACCAAGUGCGACCGCCAGAAGAAGGCCAGGAGGAACGGCCGCCCGCCAGCUGUCAACGCGGCGCUGUUCCGCGCUGAGCUGGCAGAGUGCUACGCUGAGCUGCCGCCGUGGGUGAUGACGAGCGCUGUGACUAGCGAGGGGAAGGAUGCUCUGUUGAGCCAUAUUGCCCAAUUGCGGGAGUACUGGCGGCGGUAG